UACCAUGACAACCAACCAGGCGUCACUAUUCCCGUCUGCAGUAGUCAGCGUGUAUUUUUCAUCGAGAGGGGGAGCAUAACAAACAGCCCACCCCCACGGGGAUAUUUGUGCAAUGGGGGGCGUUUUGUGAGCGCCGACAACCACAAAUGCGUGCUUUUGCGUCAGAGGGCUGCGUGCCUACCGUAGCGGAGCUGGACGCGCACAGGCCGAAAGAGCGAAGCUUGUUGCCGUCCUGCCGCCGCUGACUUCCCCGCGGCAGCCGCAGCCAACAUGGCCGAGGACGACAGCGAGUGGGUGGUGGAGAGCAUCGUGGGCUACCUGGGGAGUCCAGAGUGGGUUAUUCCAAUCACGGAUUUUAUGGAACACAAAUGUACAGUGUUUGACGAUGAAGACGAAAAUAAGUUGUCGUACACGGAAAUCCAUCUGCAGUAUAAAAAGUUGGUGGAGAAGCUGCUCGAGAAUUACAUGCAGGAGGUCGGCAUCAACGAGCAGCAGUUCUUAGAUGCGUGCACUUCUCCUUUUGCCAAGUCCAAAACUGUACAAUCGGUGUUCCAGCCAGUCCUGGCCACAGACGACUUCCAGAUGUUUCGCUCACUAAUGGUGCAGAAGAACAUGGAGCUGCAGCUUCAAGCACUCCGCGUGAUCAAAGAGAGAAAUGGCGCUCUUCCUGAGUGUCUGACUGACGGCGUGGACGACCUGACAGAACUGCAGCAGCAAGAGAUGAAGAUUUUGCAGGAGGUCCUAAAAAAGUCCAAAGAGGAAUACGACGAGGAAAUGUCGUGGAGGUUGCUCCUGGAGGAGGAGCACGGCUCUACAUCCAGCAGCAGCUCUGACAACAAGGCCCAGUGUGGCAGUGGUCAACCCCCCGAAAGCCAAGAGAGCAGCACUGCCAAGGCCAAAGCUGACGGUCACCACGGUAACCUGGUGAAUGGAAACACGGCAGCUAAGCUGGCCAACGGCAAAUCUCCCAGAAACACGGAGAUGAAAAUGGCUGCCGCAGGCAAUGGCAGGUGUGAGGACAAGCGCAUCUCCUCGUGCUCGUCUGUGCGCACCUCCGGUGUGCAUACAGUCGACGGCGUUCUUCCUCCCGUGAGAGCUCCUGUCAGCUGCGUGCGUGACGGCAAGGAGCAGAGCGGCGGCCACUCGGCAGGAGAGUGUUGGCUGGAGGAAGCACACCGAGAGGCGGGCUUCUCUCAGCCCUACACCGAGUUGUCGGCGUCGCAGCAGCUUCAGCUCCAGCAGAGGGCGACCUACUUAUGUCAGCAGCGAGACAAACUGCACGCGCUCAAGAAGGAGCAGCUGAACAAAAGCAAACAGGCCGGCACACCCGACCCGGCGCCCAGCACACCUUCCACGCCGGCACCUGCUCAGACAUCUGUGGGUCCAUCAGGAGAUUUCUGCAGAGGAGCGAAAGAAGCUUCAGAAGAGAAAGCAUUUGGCUGACAAGCUGAAAGAAGAAGUCAUCAAAAAAUGAGCACAUAUGUGAUGCAGUUUUCGUGUUCCAAAAUGCACCUUUUUUGUUUGUUUGUUUGGAGUCAGGGUCCGUGCUGCGAGUCCUCCACAUGUUCCCUGCUGACAAACACUUGCUCGGCCGGCCAGGGGAUGACAAAGGAGCAUUCAAGUGGUUUCAUGUCACUUCUGGACCUUUGGAGACUUCAGAACCUGCCCAGGUGCCAGAGACUUACUGUACAUUUUUCUUGUGUAGAGAUGGCAAAAACUAAAGCAAUUUGCAUGAAAAAAUACCCACAAUGCAUUGUUUAGGACACUGCAAAUAGGACUACUCCUAUUUGCAGGACCUGCAACUAGACCCUAGUUCAGGGGUCGGCAACCCAAAAUAUUGAAAGAACUAUAUUGGACCAAAAAUACAAAAACAAAUCAGUCUGGAGCUGCAAAAAAUUAAAAUCCAUAUAAAGGCCCCUGCGCCCCACGCGACACCGAAGGGAAUAAGCGGUAGAAAAUGGAUGGAUUACAUAGAGAUAGUGUGGCAUGAGAUAUAAAUGGAAUUAAGAGGACUUAAAGGCCUACCGAAAUGAGAUUUUCUUAUUGAAACGAGGAUAGCAGGUCCAUUCCAUGUGUCAUACUUGAUCAUUUCGCAAUAUUGCCAUAUUUUUGCUGAAAGGAUUUAGUAGAGAACAUCCAUGUUAAAGUUUGCAACUUUCGGUGCUAAGAGAAAAGCCCUGCCUCUACCGGAAGUCACAGAUGAUGACGUCACAAGUGUGGGGGCUCCUCACAUCCUCACAUUGUUUUUAAUGGGAGCCUCCAACAAAAAGUGCUAUUCGGACCGAGAAAACGACAAUUUCCCCAUUAAUUUGAGCGAGGAUGAAAGAUUCGUGUUUGAGGAUAUUGAUAGCGACGGAUUAGAGAAAAAAAAAAAAAAAGUUUAGAAAAAACCCGCAAUUGCAUUGGGUCGGAUUCCGAUGUUUUUAGACACAUUUAGUAGGAUAAUUCUGGGAAAUCCCUUAUCUUUCUAUUGUGUUGCUAGUGUUUUAGUGAGAUUAAAUAUUACCUGGGUGUUUCCACGGGUGUCUUGACGCGCAGUGUCUCAGGGGAGUCGAUGGCAGCUUCAUGGACGGCCCAAGCUCAGCUUUUCUCUGGUAAGCGACUUUUUAACCACAAUUUUCUCCCCGAAACCUGCUGGUUGUCAUUCCGUCGUGAUUCAUGUUCGCUUGACCGCGCUGUGAUCCAUAGUAAAUUUUCACCUCCAGGAAUUUUAAACAAGGAAUCACCGUGUGUUUGUGUGGCUAAAGCUUAAAGCUUCCCAACUCCAUCUUUCUACUUUGACUUCUCCAAUAUUGAACAAAUUGCAAAAGAUUCAGCAACACAGAUCUCCAAAAUACUGUGUAAUUAUGCCGUGAAAGCAGACGACUUUUAGCUGUGUGUGUGCGCAGCGCUCACACUUCCUAAAAACCUGUGACGUCAAGCGUACACGUCGUCAUUACACGACGUAUUCAAGCCGAAACUCCCGGGAAAUUUAAAAUUGCAAUUUAGUAAACUAAAAAGGCCGUAUUGGCAUGUGUUGCAAAGUUAAUAUUUCAUUAUUGAUAUAUAAACUAUCAGACUACGUGGUGGGUAGUAGUGGGUUUCAGUUGGCCUUUAAAGGAAACUAAAUUAGCUCAAAUAUAGCUACAAAUAAGGCAUAAUGAUGCAAUAUGUACAUUUUUUGCUAUCCUGAAUAGCAUGUUAGCAUCCAUUAGCUUGCAGUCAUGCAGUGACCAAAUAUGUCUGAUUAGCACUCCACACACGUCAAUAACAUCAACAAAACUCACCUUUGUGCAUGCAUGCAUAAUGUUAAAAGUUUGGUGGACAAAAUGAGACGGAAAUAGAAGUGGCAUAAAACAGGUCCUAGAGAGUCGGAGGAAGUUAUACGUGUAAACCAGGGGUCACCAACCUUUUUGAAACCAAGAUAUACUUCUUGGGUACUGAUUAAUGCGAAGGGCUACCAGUUUGAUACACACUUAAAUAAAUUGCAAGGAAUAGCCAAUUUGCUCAAUUUACCUUUAAUAAAUAAAUCUAUAUAUAUUUAUAAAAAUGGGUAUUUCUGUCUGUCAUUCCGUCGUACUUUUUUUCUUUUUACGUAAGGUUUUUUGUAGAGAAUAAAUGAUGAAAAAAAACACUUAAUUGAACGGUUUAAAAGAGGAGAAAUCACGAAAAAAAUUUAAAUUAAGUUUUGAAACAUAUUUUAUCUUCAAGUUCAACUCUUUAAAAUUCAACCGAAAACAUGAAGAGAAAAACUAGCUAAUUCGAAUCUUUUUGAAAAAAUUAAAAAAAUUAUUUAUGGAACAUCAUUAGUAAUUUUUCCUGAUUAAGAUUAAUUUUCGAAUUUUGAUGACAUGUUUUAAAUAGGUUAAAAUCAAUCUGCACCUUUUUAGAAUAUAUAACAAAUUGGACCAAGCUAUAUUUCUAACAAAGACAAAUCAUUAUUUCUUCUACAUUUUCCAGAACAAAAAUUUGAAAAGAAAUUCAAAAUACUUUGAAAUAAGAUUUAAAUUUGAUUCUACAGAUUUUCUAGAUUUGCCAGAAUAUUUUUUUUUAAUUUUCAUCAUAAAUUUGAAGAAAUAUUUCACAAAUAUUCUUCGUCGAAAAAACAGAAGCUAAAAUGAAGAAUCAAAUUAAAAUGUAUUUAUUAUUCUUUACAAUAAAAAAAAAAUACUUGAACAUUGAUUUAAAUUGUCAGGAAAGAAGAGGAAGGAAUUUGAAUGUUAAAAAGGUAUAUGUGUUUAAAAAUCCUAAAAUCAUUUUUAAGGUUGUAUUUUCUCUAAAAUUGUCUUUCUGAAAGUUGUAAGAAGCAAAGUAAAUAAAUAAAUGAGUUUAUUAGAACAAGUGAAGACCAAGUCUUUAAAAUAUUUUCUUGGAUUUUCAAAUUCCAUUUGAGUUUUGUCUUAGAAUUAAAAAUGUCGAGCAAAGCGAGACCAGCUUGCUAGUAAAUAAAUACAAUUUAAAAAAUAGAGGCAGCUCACUGGUAAGUGCUGCUACUUGAGCUAUUUUUAGAACAGGCCAGCGGGCUACUCAUCUGGUCUUUACGGGCUACCUGGUGUCCGCGGGCACUGCAUUGGUGACCCGAUAUAACCAAACUAUGGUGAGUUCAAGGACCGUCAAAAUUAGUAGGACAAAAAGGCGCUCGCCAAAUACUUGAAUCAGUUUAAUACCAACAUUGUGCUUUAUAACUUUUAAGGAGGUUUGUGUCUUCUUUUUCCUCCUUCUGAAACCAUAUUAAGACAAAACAGAUGUCUCCCCCCCCUCAUGUUUUCCCAUACAUUUUUGAAAAAGCUCCAGAGAACCACUAGGGCGGCGCUAAAGAGCCGCAUGUGGCUCUAGAGCCGCGGGUUGCCGAACCCCGGUCUAGUUGCAGGUGAUGACAACGGAAGUGAGUCGUGUCUUUAAGACACGCCCCCAGAGUGGACGUUUGAUCCGUCACGUGAUCCAAGAUGGCUAAUGUAAUGCAACAUGGUUGUUGAAUGUAUUGCUUUUUUCCUGCUCAUAUGCAACCACAACGCAAACUUAUUUUCAGCAGUCUUAUUUCUGAUGUCCGUGUUACCUAUUGUCUCUGCAGCGUCAUUUCCCUGCCGUCACGUCGUUAAGGGGGCGUGGCUUAGAUCGCCAGCAGCCACAGCUAUAUGUAUUUUACAAGUAGAGCCAGUUUACAUGCCGUGUCAAUGACACGCCACUAGAUGGCAGCAUUGAACAAACGUAUCUUAUUUUGUAGUUUAAGGUGGAACUCUUGAUGCAAUGUUAUCUAUGCGUUUUUUAUAAAUGCCCUGUUUGUUUUUAAAUGUAGUUAUGUAAUGACUGGAUGAUUACAUGUUUGAUUUACUAAAUGUUGUAUAAAUUGUGAAAUGGUUGGGUUCAAUUCUAUGUGAAGCGAAGUAAAUCAUAUUUACCAUAUUUCCUUGAAUUGCCGCAGGGCAUAUAGUAUGCGCCUGCCUUGAAUUACUGCCGGGUCAAACUAGCUUCCCAAAAUAAUUAGCGCAUGCUUAGUAUUACCGCCUGGUCAAACUCGUGACACUUCCCCUGUCAUCAUUUUCAAAAUGGAGGAGGCUCAUUUCAAUACCGGUAAUUUGAAAUCACAUAAAGGGAAGAAGAUUAAGAGCUAUUCAGUAGGAUUUAAGGUCCAAGCUUACAUUACACUAAAAUUUUUACUGCAUACCUUUGGUAAGUGCCGGAGUGAGAAGAGGUUUUAAAAUAAUUAGCGCAUGCUAACUUUUACCGCAUGCCUUUGGUAAGCGCAGGAGUGAGAAGAGGUUUUAAAUUAAUUAGUGCCCCGGCGGCAAUUCAAGGAAAUACGGUAUAUAGCGCUUUUCUCUAGUGACUCAAAGCGCUUUUGCAUAGUGAAACCCAAUAUCUAAGUUACAUUUAAACCAGUGUGAGUGGCACCGGGAGCGUGUGGGUAAAGUGUCUUGCCCAAGGACACAACGGCAUUGACUAGGAUGGUGGAAGCAGGGAUCGGACCUGGAACCCUCAAGUUAAUGGCAUGGGCACUCUACCAACUGAGCUAUACUGCUCCGAUGUCUCUUUUUAGGAUUUUUUUUUUUAAACAGAAAAAGACAAGCUCGCCCCGCCGGUUUGUAACAAUAGGACAAUUGGUAACAGAAAUAAAUAUUAAGUUGAAACCCGCAGUACGCAACGCAAUAAAGACGUCCUAAUGAAUGUCUUCACCAACAUCCACAAUAGAGAAAUAAAUUGAAUUGAAAGAAAACUGUAAAUAAUCCACAGUCAGUGAAAUUGCAGUCAAAACAGCUGAGAAGUAAACAUUGCAAUGCAGGAAUGCUCAAAGUGAGCAGAAAAAGAUGCAUCCAGCAUUGCAGAAAUGUUACUCCCUUUCUCUUCAACUAAAUACAUUCAGCAGCCAGUAGAAAAAAAAGUAAAUCCAAACUCAAGACUGUUGGCUGCAAAAGUGAAUUUACUGCAGUUUUAAUGUUUGUUUUUUUUAAAACCAGCAUUUGCAACUUACAUAGAAUCAAAUGACCUGAACCGGAAGGGAGAACAGUGACACCGCCGCUGUGUGCUGAUUUAAAAUCAUAUAAAAAAAAAGACACACAUGGGCGAGUGUCGCUCUCUCCCUUCCCAAAGGAGAACGGGGCGAUGCUUUAAAAAGGGAAGAGAAGGUGGUCUGUACAGUACUUCUGAACAAAGUGGUGAGAGACGUGUCUUGUGGCCUCGCUUCCUGGUUCCUGGUUCCUAGUUAGACAUGCGUGACCUGGUCCAGGGGAGCCAAUGGGAGGGAGCAGCCAGUCAAGCGUCCUAACAACUACGAGGGCUAGUCCUGCUAGCCUGACUGGCCUGUGGCACGGCGUGUCCACGGGUUGUCUCCGGCUCGGGAGCUCAGAAGCCUGGGUGUGGGGAGCGAGGCGGGUCCUGUCGGGCUGUCAUUGCUAUAGCAACGGAGCAGAUAGGAGCCGACCUUGGCACUUUGUAUUUCCGCUGCGGCCUCCCUGGUGGUGUCGGGACGGCGAUGGAGGAGGCGAGCUGUGAGUUAGUUAAAGGUUAGUGAAGGUCCUCUGGAGGAGUGAUGGAGCGAGGUGGUCUGGAAUCCGCCUUGACGUGGUCCCAACAGCUACAAAGGACCAGUGACACUUCCAGCAGGAGGACAGGAGGGACCAUGACGUCCGUCCCGGCAGGACCAAGGUGACAUUGGGGACAUCGGGCCUUUAAGAGCUCAGGCGAGGACGCUUCCUUGGAGACUGAUCCUCCUCCUCCUCGUCUUCCUCUUCUUCAUCCUCAUCGUCAGGGUAGUCCACCAAGCCCACCAGAGCGGUCUAACAAAAACAAACACACUUUAUAUUCAUGUAUGGCUCUUUAGUUUGAAUGUUAAAAAUAUAUAAUGACUUCUAUCAAGUUCAUUUGCUCAUAAGCACACUUUUUGUCCUUUCAGUAUUUUUUUUUGCUGUAUUUUGAGUAGUGUUUCUCCUUUAUAUGUUGAAAUUGAAAUGCCAAGUUAUCUUUCAGGUGUGUGUUUCAUAUGCUGGCAGUUAUACUGUGGACAAAAUUAUGUCAAAAUUAGUAAUAACUAAAUAUGCUGUUUGAUAUUGAAAUCACAAUUAACAUGAUUUAUUAACUUGAAAACAUGAGUAUUGAUUGUACCACCAAAACAAUAUAAUUCAAAACAACAACUAAUAUAAAUUAUAAACAAUUAAAAUAAGUGACAACUAAAUAAAAUAGCAACAUGAAAACAAAUGUUUUAAUUUUAUUCUUUUUUACUUCAGAGUUUUACCUUUUACAUUGGUUUUACCACCAUAGUGUGCUUUUUGAGUCAUAAAUAACAUUUUAUAAAAUAAAUGCAAAAACGUUACAUAUAUUGGUGAAAUACAUUUAUUUUGACUAAUAUUUUAAGACGAAGCAUAAUCAUUUACCGUAUUUCCUUGAAUUGCCGCCAGGGCGCUAAUUAAUUUAAAACCUCUUCUCACUCCUGCGCUUACCAAAGGCAUGCGGUAAAAGUAAGCAUGCGCUAAUUAUUUUAAAACCUCAUCUCACUCCGGGACUUAACAAAGGUAUGCAGUAAAAAUUUGAGUGUGAGGUAAUCUUGGACCUUAAAUCCAACUGAAUAGCUCUUAAUCUUCCUCCCUUUAUGCGAUUUCAAAUUACUGGUAUUGAAAUCAGCCUCCUCCAUUUUGAAAAUGAUGACAGGGGAAGUGUCACUCAUGACGUCACGAGUUUGACCAGGCGGUAAUACUAAGCAUGCGCUAAUUAUUUUGGGAAGCGAGUUUGACCCGGCAGUAAUUCAGGGCAGGAACAUACUAUAUGCCCUGCGGCAAUUCAAGGAAAUACGGUAGUAAAUGUAUCAAUAUAUGUUUUAAUUACAAUUACAUUAUGCUUUUGUAGGGUACUUUUUAAAAGCUUUUUGUUGGCAGUCAGACAGCGCUGUUAUUGUGAAGGAGUUAUUGUGCUGUUGUGAGCUACACUAAACACAAAUAUAAACUUAACUUUUCACUAUAUAAAGCACUUGAAAUCACGAGAGAAAAGCGCUAUAUAAAUGUAAUUCACUUCACUUUGUUUUUGCUCCCAUUUAACAUAAGUUGAAUUCAAAGAUCUAAAAUGUUUUACUUUGUACACACAAAAGUAAUAUUCGUCUCAAAUAUUGUUUACAAAUCUGUGUUAGUGAGGAUUUUUAGCCAAGAUAAUCCGUCUCGCUCACAGGUGUGGCAGAUCAAGAUGUUGGUAAAACAGCAGGAUUAUUGCAGAUUUGUGAACAAUAUUUGAGAGGAAUAGGUAUUUUGUGUAUAUAGUAAAAGUUUUACAUCUUUGAGUUCAAUUUAAGAAAAAUGGUAGCAAAAACAAAAUAGUUGUGUUUAUAUUUUUCUUGGUAUAUGUGGAGACAACUUGAAGCUGUUUGAAUAAAAAAAGUAAUCUCAA